GAGCUAGCUGAGGACAGGGGGAGGGGCUUCGGGUAUAGCUAGGCACAGCAGCGACAGGUACAGCACGGCAGCUCUGCCUGCCCCUGCAUAUGGCUGACACGCACGGGGCGCUGUGCGGCUCAAGGAAUAUUUUGUCUGAGGAAGAUGAAGUAAAGUAGAACUGAUGCAGAAGUCCGGCUGGAACGUCCUGUCCUACUGCUGACGAGUGGCGCAGCUCCAUGGAUAGGAUGUGGAUCUGCUGACAUGAUUCAGACUCAGAAAUUCCGUGGAAGACACCAUGGAGAGUGACCUGGAAAAUAUGCUGUCAACUGACUCUGCAGGAAUACCACAGCACCCUCGAGGGAGACCGGCGACCUGCAGAACACAGCUACACCUGUUCUACUGCGUAGCAUGCCUGAGCAUUCUCUUCUCCAUCACAGAUGCCAUCCAAAGCAGCUCUGUAUGUCAGAAAGGUAGCAUUGUGUUUGGGUUUGGGCUGAGGACUAAGAAUGAUACCCGCUACUUGACAGUCACUGCCGACCCCCAGUCUGUUUACUCCUGCCACGAUUUGUGCUGUCGGAGCCCCUCCUGCAGUGUAUUCUGGGUGUUGGAGGGCACGUGUAUCCUUGCUGACUGUAGGACUCCACAAACUUGUGUAUUUACUAAGAGGCGCUCUAGAGACUCUCUGUUGGUCCAUUUAUUUAGAGACAGCACAUCAUGGACUUCGCUGUAUCGGCACAUUUCAGAUACUUUAUCAUGGAAAGAGGGACGUGUUGAAGGAUAUCACAGGGAACGGCGGAAUACGGGGGCACCUGCUAGGCAUAAAAGACAAGUAGCUGAUGGAAAAGGUGAAAAACGUCCAGAAAAAGUGCCGUCAGGACAAGAACCACUAUCGAGCAAGAACCACCAAGAUGACUCGAAAAGCUUAGGAGCAAACCAAAUAACGGGGCCAAAUCCUCCAUCUUUGAUGCCCACUGUUCUACCAUCUGAAAGCUCAGUCACUGGAAAACCAUUAGACAGCAUUAAUGCCACAGAAUUGCUGCCAUUUGAUGGCUCACCAGCCGCGAGCAGAGAAAAUCCAAGUAUGUUCACACUGGCACCAGCCUUAGUGCCAGGCAACACAAGCACACAUCCGACCCCUGUGCCCGCUAGCUCCGGAGCACCAGUCACCAAUAAACUUGUGGUAUCUGCUGGAGAUAGCGUUGAGGUUACCUUACCGAAAAAUGCUGUUCAGCUGAAUGCUUUUGUCCUCCCUGAACCUCCUGCAGGAAAAGUAUACACAUACGACUGGAGGUUGAUCACUCAUCCUACAGAUUAUAGUGGAGAGAUGGAGGGUAAACAUUCUCAGUCUCUCAAGUUAUCAAAGCUCACAGCAGGUCUGUACGACUUCAAAGUCAUUGUGGAUGGGGAGAACGCACACGGAGAAGGGUUUGUUAAUGUCACAGUUAAACCAGAACCACGAGUGAACCAACCUCCAGUAGCUAUUGUGUCCCCUCGUUAUCAGGAAAUCUCAUUGCCUACUACCUCCACUGUGAUUGACGGCAGUCAGAGCACUGAUGAUGAGAAAAUAGUUAUCUACCACUGGGAAGAGCUGAAAGGACCGCUAAGAGAGGAGAAAAUCACAGCAGACACUGCCAUCUUAAAACUAACAAAUCUUGUACCUGGAAAUUAUACGUUCAGGUUGACUGUCGAAGACUCUGAUGGUGCAAAAAAUUCUACAACUGCCAACUUGACAGUAAACAAAGCUGUUGAUUAUCCCCCUGUGGCAAAUGCAGGAGCUAAUCAAGUUAUUACACUGCCCAAAAACUCCAUUGUCCUGUAUGGGAACCUGAGUACAGAUGAUCAUGGUAUUGUCAGCUAUGAGUGGUCAUUAAGUCCCAACAGCAAAGGAAAAGUUAUGGAGAUGCAGGGUGUCCGAACAUCGACUCUCCAGUUGUCUGUACUGCAAGAAGGUGACUACACAUUUCAGCUCACUGUGACGGACUCUGCAGGACAGCAGUCUACAAGUGAGGUGACCGUAAUUGUUCAGCCUGAAAACAACAAGGCUCCUCAAGCUGAUGCUGGCCCAGACAAAGAGCUCACCCAACCUGUAGACAGUACAACUCUGGAUGGCAGCCGAAGUACAGAUGACCAGAAGAUUGUUUCCUAUCUUUGGGUGAAAACUCAGGGGCUGGAAGGUGUGAAAAUCGAAAAUUCCAACAGCAGCAUUGCCACAGUUACUGGCCUGCAGGUUGGAAAGUAUGAGUUUACACUGACUGUUACAGAUGAGCGAGGCUUACAAGACAAGGCCAUCGUCAGUGUGAUUGUGAAGGAAGAAAUUAAUAAACCGCCAGUGGCAAAGAUUGCAGGAAAUGUUGUCAUUACAUUGCCAACCAACACAGCAGAACUGGAUGGUUCGAAAUCCACGGAUGAUAAGGGCAUUGUCAGCUACCAAUGGCAGCGAGAUGAAAGCAGCCCAGCAGCUGGGGAAGUGCUGAGUGACUCUGAUCAUCAUGCAGUCCUGUUCCUCUCUAACCUUGUUGAAGGAACCUACACCUUUCACCUGAAGGUGACUGAUGGCAAAGGAGAGAGUGAUAAUGACAGAGCUACCGUAGAGGUGAAGCCAGACCCCAUGAAGAAUAAUCUGGUGGAGAUGAUUCUGGAUGUGAGUGUCAGCCAGCUGACUGAAAGACAGAAGGGGAUGUUUAUGCGUCAGAUCGGGGUUCUUUUAGGGGUUUUAGAUUCUGACAUCACUGUGCAGAAGAUCCAGCAGUAUACAGAAAAAAGCACUAAAGUAGUUUUCUAUGUCAAGAACCAGCCUCCUCAUUUGGUAAUGAAGGGUUACCAGGUUGCCUGUACACUUCGCAAUGAACUACGCAAACAGCAAAAUGAUUUCCUUAUCUUUAAAGCUCUUGAAAUUGAUACAUUCACAUGUCAGUUAAAUUGUUCUAUGCAUGGUCACUGUAAUUCCGUCACCAAGCGUUGUGUCUGUGACCCCUUCUGGAUGGAGAACUUUAUACGUCGUCAGUUUGGUGAUGGUGAGAGCAACUGUGAAUGGAGCGUGCUGUAUGUGAUUAUCACAAGCUUCCUGUGUGUGGUGGCUCAGGGACUACUAGUCUGGUGCAUUAUCUGUUGUUGUAGAAGGAAAAAGGGAAAACCAAAACGGAAGAGUAGAUAUAAAAUGCUGGAGGCUACAGAUGACCAAGAAAGUAUAGCACUGAAAUCAAGUAGCAAAACUGGUGUAAAAUUGAAAUCUCCAGUUCAGAACACAAGUUUGAUGCAUUCAGAAUCAGAGCUGGACAGCGAUGACAAUACUUACACCUGGUCCGAUCGCGAGAAAGGCAAACUCCUCAGGCCUCAGAAUGGUUCUUUGCGAAAUGGACAAGCCUCUCACAAAAACAAAAACCAAAGAGAGGAGCUGUUAUAGCGUAGGCUUUUUAGACGCAGGAAUUCAUUUCAUUUUAUGCAGGAUAGUGCAAGUUGUCCCACUGUCCUCUUCUCCACUGCUGGUUUACUCUGUGGACAAAGCUGCUACCCUGAACUGCUUUUAAAGAAACAGAUAUUUUAGUAGAAAUAUCAUCUCCUUUGCUCUUCUUGGAGCACUGAGACUGGACAUACUUGAAGUGGAAUUUUUCAUUGGGGAAUACUACUGGAUUUAUGCUAAUAGACUUUUUAAUUAAGUAAUUUAAUUUUUUUUUUCUGCACAGUUUUUGGGUUACCAACCCUCAAGAGUGAGCCACCUAAUGUAGUAUAAAUGCACUACUGCGCCACGUUCUCACUGGCAAUGAAGGAUAAAAUGUGAAUCGCACUGGGCCUAUUCUACAGCCCGACCUCUCUUCUUUUUCUUACAGGCUAAAACAACAAAACAUCUUGCUUAUUCAUUUUGUAACGCAUACUUUUCUAGAAAAGUUAUUUUGGCUUCUGUGUUUUCACUGAUGAGAACCAGGGAAUCUGAAGGAAAUGUCAAAAUGACUUGGGUUAUUGGGAAAAAAAUAGCCUAUGACACUGGCGUUCAAUAAAGUCAAACUCUUAA